AUGCCUCGUAGUAGCUCCAAGGACCAUGUUGAUCCAAGCUUCCAGAGUGAUCUUUCAGUUCUUAUCAAGAUUGACCUUCUGAAAGCUAUGGACUCAGAUAUUUCGAUAAUUUCCCCUGUUGUUGUGGUCUGUGAGAUGUCAUUGAUAUUCACAGAUGCUGGUAUACUAGGCAUCAACAGAAACCUUUGCAGGGAAAAAAUGGAAACGAUAAAGCAAAAACUCGAAGACGUGGAUGCAUUAAACAACAGGACAUUUCUACAGACUUACUUUUCGACUGAUAAUAAAACGUCAUUUGUGGACGAGACUUUAAAAUUCCUAAUAAAGAGUUUACACAACAUAUUGGCUGCAGGUAAUUUUAAAGGACAAACCGCCUAUGACCUCAGCGUUGGCUCCAUUAUCCAUCAGCUCUUUGCACUCUGUGAAUAUUACCCAGAGAUUACUAUACUCAAAUUGAAUGAAGCCUUAAUAACGGAGGUGACCAAAUGGAUGAACUCGGACACUGACGCCUUUAAUUGGGGUCACGCAUGUAACUUUCUGAAAGAACUCGUAGGAACCGGUGAUCAAGAAAGAAAAUUGAAGAGCUCCAUUAAAAAGAUUAUGACGUUUGGUCUCCCGAUAGAUACUCUUACGGAUCCUGUGGUGCUUCAGCCAGCUGACUGCCUAGUCACGGCAUGGUUACUGGAUGUGACCUGUCAAAACCAAAAUGAAUACAUUAAAAAAUUUCAAAAAUUAGCAAAGCUCCUUAAACCUGGAGGGCUGUUAAUUUAUAUUGGGUGUUUAAAUGCUACAUAUUACACAAUUGGUCAAGAAAGACAAUGUGUCUUCACCUAUGAUGAGAGCUUUCUAAGGAAGAAUCUCACCAAUGAGGGAUUUAAGAUUGAAACCUGUGAAGUGUUAGACAGCAAAAUCCAAAGUGAUCUGACCGAUUACAAGCAGUUUAUUGUCCUCACUGCGGUCAAGAAGGCAGCUUGA